GGGGCCCGAGGACCGGGAUCCCAUGACCAGGGCGGUGCGGUCUCAAGGACCCCCAACGCCUCUCUGUCGGAAAAGUUUGCAGGAUCUGGACCUCAGGGCGCCCUUGGAACUGGAAAAGCGUUAUUUUUGUGUUUCUAGGGGGCGGGAAGGGUUUGCCCUUGAAGGAAGCGGUGACUUGGUUACUUUAUUUCGAGUCUUUUAAAGUUUUGUAGUUUUUUUUUUUAAGCUUUUUUUCCCCCUUUUUAAAAAUGUUGCUAAAGGCGAAAGCUUGCGCAGCCGUGUGUACUCUAAGUGCCCGAGGGGUUGCGCCGGGGGCAGGAGCAGAGUUCAGGUCUAGGCUACCUGAGCCCUCUGUAAUUCUUUGUUGCGUUCUAGUUCGUGGCUGAAGAGUCUUUUAAAGAAAGGCUUAGACGCAGUGUUGGCCGAGUUCAAGGCAUGUGUUCUCUUAAAAAUACAGGGAUCUUGACAUUUCCAAGUUGUUUUCUUGCCCGUGGAUCCUUAAAGGAUGCCUGGCUUCCGUGUGGCUAUUAGCAGAAGAUGGUGGAUCGUUUGGCAAACAGUGAAGCAAAUACCAGGCGGAUAAGCAUAGUGGAAAACUGUUUUGGAGCAGCUGGUCAACCCUUAACUAUACCUGGUCGAGUCCUUAUUGGAGAAGGAGUAUUGACUAAGUUGUGCAGAAAAAAGCCUAAAGCAAGGCAAUUUUUCCUAUUUAACGAUAUUCUAGUAUAUGGCAAUAUUGUGAUUCAGAAGAAAAAAUACAACAAACAGCACAUUAUUCCCCUGGAAAAUGUCACUAUUGAUUCCAUCAAAGAUGAGGGAGACUUAAGGAAUGGGUGGCUUAUUAAAACACCAACUAAGUCAUUUGCAGUUUAUGCUGCCACUGCCACUGAGAAAUCAGAAUGGAUGAAUCAUAUAAAUAAGUGUGUCACUGAUUUACUGUCCAAAAGUGGGAAGACACCCAAUAAUGAACAUGCUGCUGUUUGGGUUCCUGACUCUGAGGCUACUGUAUGUAUGCGCUGUCAGAAAGCAAAAUUCACGCCUGUUAAUCGUCGCCACCACUGCCGCAAGUGUGGCUUUGUUGUCUGCGGGCCCUGCUCUGAAAAGCGAUUCCUUCUUCCCAGCCAGUCCUCUAAGCCCGUGCGGAUCUGUGACUUCUGCUAUGACCUGCUUUCUACGGGGGACAUGGCCACAUGCCAGCCUGCCAGGUCGGACUCUUACAGUCAGUCAUUGAAAUCUCCUUUGAAUGAUGUAUCUGAUGACGACGACGACGAUGACAGCAGUGACUAAGGACAUGUUUCCAAAUAUUUAAUCGGGUUUGGCUCUUUGGGGAAUCAGCUUUGCGGAAAAUGUAGAACUCUGAGCUCUCCCUCGAUCUUGCUCUAGCCGAGUUUGCCUGAGAUACUUUUAACCUGUGUGCCUCAAUACGUUCUAUGAAGUUCCUUCUGCCUUCCUCCCCUCCCCACACUCUUCUACAGGGAUAGACUGUUGCAAAAAAGAGCACAUCAUGGAUUUCUUACUCUUGUUUAUUUCUAUAUUAUUUUCUUGGAAAGUUGGGAAAAGAUGUUUAUUUUAAACAGAUCAUGCAUUAUGUUUUUAUUUCUGUUAUAUGGAAAAAUUAAAAGCACAGAAUGAUGAGAAGAGUAUAAAUGUGGUUAAUAAUAUUAUGAGCUUUUUUUUUCUAACCUUCUUACCUAGUACUUCAAACAUUGAUAACAAAAUUACAAGAUUUGGAAAUACUUUGGCUUUUUCAUAUACCAAGUGGUGCCUUAUCUCAAUAGCACUGUUCCAUGAAUGCUAAGCCACUAUUUUCUCCGUUUUAGAUUUGUUUAAAACUACACUGGUGCUCCUUGAGAUAAUGUGUUCAUGAGUUUCAUCAGGAAUACUUCUCAUCUGACAGCUGCAAAGACACGUUUUUAGAAAUAUCCUCAGAGUAUUUGAAUAAAUGUUUCCCAUAAAAUA